UAAUUAAUCAAGAAAAGCAUCUUCAGCUGUCGACCUCAAUAUCCAAUUAGGGUUUUGCAAACAAACCCCUCUCACUUUCAAUUCACACACUUGUGUGUGCAAAAAAACUUACGAGAAAUGGUUGAACAGGACGAGUAUCGUUGUUUCGUCGGGAAUCUAUCAUGGUCAAUAACUGACAGAGAUUUGAAAGACGCUUUUAAGAAGUUUGACCAUCUUAUAGAUGCAAAGGUUGUUAUGGACAGAGCGUCUGGGCGAUCACGUGGGUUUGGAUUUGUUACCUUUGAUGACCCAAAGUCUUUGGAAGAUGCAAUUGAAGCAAUGAAUGGAGAAGAUUUAGAUGGACGUAAUAUCACAGUAGAUAAAGCUCAACCAAAUCAAGGUUCUGGUAGAGACCGAGACAGUGGUCGGGAUCGGGAUCGGGAUCGGGACCGGGACAGAGACAGGGGUAGGGAUCAUGGUCGAGACCGCGAUAAUGGUGGUGGUGGGCGAGGAUCAGGUGGUGACUGUUUCAAAUGUGGCAAACCUGGCCAUUUUGCUCGAGAAUGUCCAUCUGGAGAAGGGUCAAGAGGUGGUAGCAGGUAUGGUGGCAGAGAUGAUAGAUAUGAGGGAUCCAGUGGGAGCCGUUAUGGGCCUGACCGUGGUGGGGAUCGGGAUCGCUCAAGUGGACGGAACAGGGAUUCCGGCAGUCGUGGAGGUUCGGGAAGUGACAGACCUAAUCGUGAUCGUUCUGGUCCCUAUGAGCGCCGUUGAUAAAUUGUGCAUCUCAGCUACUAUGCAGUGAAGUUGAAUCUAGCGACACAGGAUCUUAAUUGCGUUCAGUCUCAGUUUGGGUUAAAUCAUCAAGCUGGUAUCUGCUUUAUCUUUUUUUCCAAGUUUUAGUAUAUGUUCAUUUUAGACAAAGUUCUCUUGAGUAUUGAAUGGAUUGGUUUUAGUAUAGUAGUUGUAGUUGCUGCUUGAUUGAGGAUCAUUUUUCUUUCUCUGACACCAUGUCACAGUUAUUUAGUUUAUCCAGUCUUUUUUUUUGUUUGUUUGUUUA